UGACUCGCGAGGUUCUCUUGGCUGUGGCCGCGAACAAGGGAGUUUGCAAUCAGGCGAGAAUCGUGAAUCACGACGGAAAUGCACCGAAUUCUUCGCGGCGCUCUUGACACGAUUGAGAGGUGCAAGGAGAAGAUUCUCAAGGGACGCAGAAUGAAAUACUCGCCCCAGGCGCAACAGCAGCAGCAAAAGGACCGUAAAUCCGAGAGCGAGAUGAGUUCGGUAAACGCGACUCCGGCCCGCGCGGCGGCAGGUGUAUUGCAGCGCUCGGCGUCGGCGGCCUCGGCGGCAGCGAGCCAAACAACAUCGGCGGCCAGGCGAGUCAUCAGCUGCCGGCCACUGUCGACCGACAUGUUCGCCUGGAUGCGCGUCUUUCGGCUAGCUCAUAUGCUUCAGUCGGUCAACUGCUAGACAACCCGAUCCACACACCCAAUUUUCGAUUGACACGUAACGGAAUUCCACACCGCAAACAACAUUACACGAGAGAACACACGGAGCGCUAAAUGCUAACAUUCCCAGGCUAUACAAUUAGCUAGAGAAGCAAACAAAAAUCCAAGAAUUUAUGCGCAAUUGGUUAUUUCUUUUAUUGAGGACAGCUGCUUGUCUACUGUCUACGGAUCACUCUCCUAACUCGCUAGGGUCUCGAGCUUCGAUGUGAUGCGCUGUGGACAGUAGGCAAGCAGCUAUUCUCAGUCGAUCGUUCUGUAUAGCUUUUUCGUUGGCUGUAGUGGUCGAGAUAACACGCCCUAGAAGUAUAUAUCGAUAUAUACUCACGUACAAGUGUAACUGGCUGGGAUCCUAAUUGUAGAUUAUUACGUAGAUCUCUCUCUGUCUCUCUUUCUCUUUCUCUCUCCCUCUCUCUCUCUCUCUCUCUCUCUCUCUAUCUCGAUUGAGUAUUACCUACCCGCGAAUUGGUGAAGAAUGCAAAUAUAUAUUGCCGGUUAUUGCGUUGAACCUAAACACAGACACACAGCCGUACACCUACACAGGCAUUGGAUUUUCACCUGCGUACACAACAAAACUCUCGAGCAAACUACGAUAACAGACUUAUCGCCAUUGUGUCGAGGACACGCUGUUCCUUAGACCAUCGACGGUCCAAGCGAGAAUCAGUGGCCCUUGCCAUGGCGACUAGUUUGACUCGUGGUAUGUCCGUCAAAGAUAAUCAACGCUCAAUUUGUCUUUUCGUUCACUACUGGUUUGUCCGUUAGCGGUUUGCUUGGCGAAGAACCAAAAAUAAUACGGUCGAGCGGCGAUGUUAGCUUCGAGCGAGAUAAGUAUAUUUUCUCUAAAUACGCCAAUAAAUGUAGCCUGUACACCACGUACGAGAUAAAACGUCCAUUGAGCUUCGUUUGUCCAGGACCUUCAGCAUAAUACAUAACAUUUUUGAAAGAGCAAACAAAUAAGAAGAAACUGUUCGAAGCUGACAUCGUUACACUGCGACUCGACGAUUCACAAUUGACUUUGAUUGCUGUGAGUGCAAAAUAACAAACAGAACAACAAAAUAAGUGAUGUAAGAAAAUAAAUCGAGACUAUGAAUGCGUGUAACAGCUUCGACUGCCAUGUGUAAGAAGUGAAGAACGUUAUCGGAGCGUUUCUGUUGAAAUAAUAAAACGAUGAUUGAACAAAAAAAUCAUUAUAAUUAACGCAGAAAACAAAAAAUCAUAAAAAAAUAACAAAAAAAUUAUCGAAAAAAAAACAUUGAAAGCGAGUUUAUCAGUCGCCAUUGUCCUCAAAGCCAUUGGUUUCUAUUAAUUCCUUAUGUUAUUCUGUACGUGCCAUCGACGAUCAAAACACACACAAAAAAAUGCAUAAUGUUGGAAUACUUUACGUGUAUUCUAUUAAUUGUUUAAACGAAAAUCCAAUUGACAAAAUACACACUAUGAUUGCGCACGUUUCCUUGUUGAAUGAUAAUGUUACAUUUGACGAUUAUUAUGUGAGCAAAUCGACUAAUAAACUGUUUGCUUUAUCUUG